CGCAACAUUCAAAUGAAAACAAAACAUUGAAAGAAUCCAAAGAGGUUGGACGUACAAACGUAAAAUCUCCAAUCUUUGGGCGAAUAUAAUAAUUUUUGAUGCUGACGAUGCUGACCGAAUCGCAUGCAUAAGUGAAUUGAAACUGUAUUUUUGUGUGUGUUUAUGUUGUUUCUUUGCAAGCGAUGCAAGAACACAACAUCGAAUAAUUUUUAUCCAUAUAACCUCCAAAUAAAAUGAAUUCGCUAACAAACGGUCAUCACAGUGAAGAAUGGUACAGAGGCAAAAUACACUCCGUCGAAGUCACGAAUUUUGUCACCUACGACCAUGUUUUGUACUAUCCUGGACAAUACCUCAACAUCAUAGUCGGACCCAAUGGAACAGGGAAAUCAACAUUGGUGGCCGCGAUAGUUUUGGGCAUGGGCGGCACUCCGAAAGUUCUAUCCCGAUCUCAAAAUAUCGAGGACUACGUAAAGAACGGGAAACAAACCGCCACAAUUGAAAUCGUACUGCUAAGGGAUUCAAAACGCAAAUCGAAAUUCAAGCGAGUGUUCAAUAUCAACGGCCAGAAUAAGUACUACGUCGAUGGAACGGAAUGUACGAAUAAGAAGUACCUGGAAUCCGUCGCUCAGUUCAACAUUCAAAUAACCAAUUUGUGUCAGUUUCUGCCACAAGACAGAGUACAGGAUUUCGCAAAAAUGAAUCCGCAAGAGUUACUCCACAAUACACAGGCAUCGGUGUGUUCGCCGGAAUGCAGUGAAAUGUUUGAGAAGCUCAAAGAUUUACGUAGCCAGCAGAAAGGUGAUGGGAGUGCUUUGAUCGCUCAGAUCAAUAAGCUGAACGAACACGAAGGGAAAAUUGCUGGUAUGAAAGAGCAGGUCGACAAUAUCAAUUUGAAGACCAAUUUGUCGGACCAAUUGGAUAUUUGUAACAAGAAAAAGGCCUGGAUGGAAUUUGAGGAACUCUUUAUCAAAUUCAAGGAAAUCGAAGUUGAUCUGAAGAAGGGAAACGACAACAAGAAACGUGUUGAAGACGAACUGGCUCCACUCACCCAACAGGCGAGUCAGAUAAACCGAUUGAAGCAAGUGCAUCAGACGAAUAUCAAAUCGGAGGCUGACAAAGCAUCGAAAUUUUCGACUGAGUUGAAUAAAUUGGACGAAAAAUCUUGUAAAUGUGAGGAGGCGAUAGUGAAGGCUGAAGGCGAUUUAAAGUUCGCUAAGCAGUCACACGGCGAAAGUAAAAAGGAAUUGGAAGCGGCAUUGGUCAAGCAGCGAGCCUUACUCGAAGACGUCAAACGCUCUGUGACAAUUGCUGGAAGCGAACAAGACCGGAAAACUCAACUGGAGGAGAUUAAGAAAGGGCGGGGCGUUCAUGUUGAGAAAAUUCACGUACUGAGCGAAGCAAAUCGUAAAGCCGUUCACAAGUUGAAUGAGGAGAUCAAUCCACGCUUGCGGUCAAUCGACAAUAAAAUCAAACAAAUGGAGAACAGUAAAAAUGUCAAACUGGAGUUGCUGCGGUCGCAAUUCCAUGACGUUUAUGAAGCAGUUAUUUGGCUGCGUCAAAAUCAAAGCCAAUUCAGAGGAAAGAUUUACGAGCCGAUGAUCUUAGAGCUAAAUGUGAGAGAGGGCUAUGCCAAAUACUUCGAAAAUGUGAUAUCCAUACGAGAUCUGACUGCAUUUUUAUGCGAAAAUCAGGAUGACAUGGAAAAGCUGUUCAAAUGUCUAAGAACGGACCAGAAACUGCAAGUUAAUAUCGUUUCCGUCAAACCUGUACGCGCACUCGAAUUCUCAUCGCCGUCAAUAUCAGAAAUCAGUCGAUACGGCUUCAAUUGCUUCCUACUCGAAUUGGUUGAUGGUCCAAUUGCAGUUAUCAACCAUCUGUGCAAGAUGAAUAAAAUUCACAACAUUCCACUCGGAACCGAUCAAACGCUAUCGAUGAACACUGAAAAUAUUUCGUCGAAGUAUCCGCUGUAUUUCACACCGAACCAUCGUUUCAGCGCUACACGAUCGAGAUACUCAAACGAAAUAUCGUGUGAGUCCAGGGAGAUCACUGGUCACAAUCUUCUCUCUCUCAACAUCGACCUGGGUUUGCUGGAAAAUCUCAAGUUGCAACGGGACGAGGUGAUCCGGCAAUCUGACAGAUAUCGCAACGAACAGGGGAAAAUCGAAGUUGACAUCAAAGACCACGAAGUGAAAAUCAACGAUUUAGAUCAACGAAAAGCCCAAAUCGACAAGAAUUUUUACAACAUUGACAUGUACCGCCGCAAUUUGCAGCGGCAUAUGAAGCUCGUUGAAAAUUUGCAAAACAAUAUCGUCGAUCUUGACAAGGAAAAUGAGAAGUUCGUUAAGACGUGUGCAGAAACCAUUCAAACACUAACGACGAUACAGAAACAGAAAACGGAAACUGUGGAAAAAUUGAAAGGUGCAGCAAUUUCUGCCGAGUGCCACCGUAAGAAGCAACGAAUCUUUCUCAGAUCCACUGCUGAAUUGGAAAAUCGAAUACAGGAGGCACAGGAGAAGUUGACUCAAGCAAUUCGUUUUGUCAACCACAUAAAGACCGCACUAGAAGCUGCCAAAGAGAAGUGCAAAAGGCAACAGGCCUUAGCCAGUCAGUUGACGGACAACAAGAAACCGAGCGACGCUCGUAACUUUCCAUACAAAAAACAGUUCGAUGAACUACCCGAUACCAUGGACGAAUUGGUAGAUCAUAUGAACGAAAUUCAAGGACAAAUGGAAUGUGUUCGGAACUAUAAUCCGGAGGUUAUCACCGAGUAUGAGAACCUUCUGAGUGAGGUGGAGCGGUUAAAGGGCGAAAUCGAAGCGGUCCGAUUGAAUCACAGCAAUUUGGAUGCACAAAUGGAUUCCGUGUUCAAGAAAUGGAGCGACCUAAUUCUGAAGGUUGUGACGGAAAUUAAUCAAAAUUUUUCGAAUUUCAUGGAAAUGAUGGGGUUUGCCGGCGAAGUGCAGUUGAUUUGCCCGAAUGAGAGAGACUACGCUGACUAUGGAAUCGCCAUUCGGGUGAAAUAUCGCAACGAUGAACAGCUUCAAGGCUUGGAUAGAUUCGUACAAUCGGGUGGUGAAAGAGCCGUGGCUAUUGCUGCGUAUACGCUGGCGUUGCAACAUAUGUCCCAUGUACCAUUUCGAUGUGUCGAUGAAAUCAAUCAAGGAAUGGAUCCAACAAACGAACGCAGAAUAUUCGACAUGUUGGUGAAAGAAGCAUCGCAACCGGGCAAAUCACAAUUUUUCUUCGUCACGCCAAAGCUGCUGAUGAAUUUGUCAUACAACGCGUACAUGACUGUGUCAAUCGUGUUCAACGGUCGUUUCGUGGAAAAUGCAUCCAUUUUCCAAACAUUGGACCAACCAAAUUAGUUAAAUGCACAAAGAGAGAGAGAGAGAGAGAGAGAGGAAAUUCCUAUGUGCCUCGCAUUUGUUAUAUGUAAAUUUAUCGUUUUGUCUUUCGAAAUGGAUUUUCUGACUUUAAAAACAAAAUUGAGUUGUUUUUACCAUCUUUAAUAUGAGCAGACGUAUGCAUCAAGAUCGUCAAUAAAAGUACUUUCGUGAACAA